CGUUUAUAGUUUAUUGAUGGCUUGUAAAAAUAAAUUAUUUAAGAAAUUUAAUUAAAUAAUAAUAAUAUUCAUAAUGAGAUCGCCUACUAGAUCCAGAAGUAGACAUAGAUCUCCAGAAGAACGCCGCAGACGUUCCACGUCGAGAGAGCGCAAAGAAAAAGAUCGACGAAACAGACACUAUAGAAGUAGAUCUAAAUCACCGCAAAGGAAAAAAAGUCCCAACCGUAGGGAAAACAACCGGCGCAAUUCGCGCAGUACUUCGCCAUCUGCUAACAAAAGUAAAAAUCAUUACAGAAAAAGUCCCAGCAGAAGAGAGAGCAGGCGUUCACGUAGUAAAGACAGGCGCAGGAGUGCUUCCAGCAGUUCAUCAGAUCGUAGUCGUAGUUCGCAUAAAAAACCUGUGGAACGAUGGCCCAAUGAUAAGUAUCAUGAAAAUAACCACAGAGAAAGAGCUAACAAUCCAUUUCGUGGUCAACCUUCGGCUUCUUUUCCACAAGAGGAAAGAAAACGUCAUGGCGUGGGUUUUCGACCGAAUGGCCGAAACGACAACAAAUACAACAAAGUAGAUGCAAAAUAUAUGACACAGCGGCGGGGAGAACGUGAAGUAAUAGGCAUAGAAGGAGUAGAAGAGAUAUGGGGAAAAAGUCCAGCUCGUCCUGAAGUUUAUUCCGAAGAUGAGGACGAUGAGGAUGUUAAACUUUUAGAGCACACCUACCAAGGACCCAAGAAGAAAAAAUCCAAAAAGGGUAAAAAGAAGUCAAGUAAGAAAUCGAAGAAAAAGAAAACCAAGAAACGAAAGAAGUCCAAAAGUAAGAAGAAGAAACAGAAAACUUCGUCAGAUUCUUCAUCGGAAGAUUCAGAAUCUUCAUCAUCAAGUUCAAGCGAUUCAUCUGAUAGCGAUACCUCCAGUGAUGAUGAAAUGUGGGUAGAAAAAACAUCUGAUAAUAUGAAUAAAUCGUCAAAAACAAAAAAAUCUAAAAAAAUUAAAAAACAAAAGAAAUCGAAAAAAUCUGAAGAGUUUGAUGAUAAAUAUCAUGCAAAAGCCAAUUCUUCGAAACAUACCCACAGUCAGGGACAAGAAGAAGAAGACGAGUUUGGUCCUACAGUGCGCCAAACAGGCGGACUUAAUCAAAAAGACUUUGGGCGUGCUUUGCUGCCUGGUGAAGGUGCUGCUAUGGCAGCUUAUAUAGCCGAGGGCAAACGCAUACCACGUCGUGGUGAAAUUGGUUUAACAUCUGACGAGAUUGCCACCUUCGAGUCGGUCGGCUAUGUCAUGAGCGGUAGCAGACAUCGUCGCAUGGAAGCUGUACGUAUACGUAAAGAGAAUCAAAUUUAUUCGGCCGAUGAGAAACGUGCACUGGCCAUGUUCAGCAAGGAGGAGCGACAAAAGCGUGAAAAUAAGAUUUUAUCACAAUUUAAGGAUAUGAUUAAUUCAAAGUUACAUGCUAAGGAAAAGAAAUAAACAUAUGUACAUAGAUUUAGAUUUUAUCAGAAAAUACAACAACUUUUGUAAAAAUUUA